AUGUCAGAAUAUUUAUCUUAUUCUGUUCAUUAUCUAUCUAUCUAUCUAUCUAUCUAUCUGUCGGUCUCAUUUCUAUCUAUCUAUGAAUCAGUCUGUUCAUAUCUCAGUCAUUUCAUAUCUAUCUAUCUCGGACUGUUCAUAUCUAUCUAUCUCUCUAUCUAUCUAUCUAUCUAUCUCGGACUGUUCAUAUCUAUCUAUCUCUCUAUCUAUCUAUCUAUCUCGGACUGUUCAUAUCUAUCUAUCUCUCUAUCUAUCUAUCUAUCUCGGACUGUUUAUAUCUCUCUAUCUAUCUAUCUCGGACUGUUUAUAUCUCUCUAUCUAUCUAUCUCGGACUGUUUAUAUCUCUCUAUCUAUCUAUCUAUCUAUCUCGGACUGUUUAUAUCUCUCUAUCUAUCUAUCUAUCUCGGACUGUUCAUAUCUCUCUAUCUAUCUCGGACUGUUCAUAUCUAUCUAUCUAUCUCGGACUGUUCAUAUCUAUCUAUCUAUCUAGGACUGUUCAUAUCUAUCUAUCUAUCUUUCUUUCUCAGACUGUUCAUAUCUAUCUAUCUAUCUAUCUAUCUAUCUUAUUCAUAUCUACUUCUGUUCAGCUUUGGGCUCUCUCUGGAUCAGCAUCGCCUCGCCUGUCUACUAUCUGCUUCACAACCGAGUAGUGGCGCCUGGCUCAACGCAGUACCUUCUUCAUCUUUGUCAUUCUUUUCCUUUCAGCUAUUAAGAAUUUUCUCUUUCUCUCUCUCUAUGAAAUCUUUCUAUUUCUCUCUAUUUCUCUUUCUAUUUCUCUUUAAAUCUUUCUAUUUCUCUCUCUAUGAAAUCUUUCUAUUUCUCUCUCUCUUUCUAUUUCUCUCUUUAUAUUUCUUUCUAUUUCUAUUUCUCUCUUUCUAUUUCUCUCUCUAUGAAAUCUUUUUCUCUUUCUCUCUCUUUAUUUUCUCUCUUUGA